AUGACUGAUAUUGAGGAAGUUAACUUGGACAGGGGUCGUUUCAAGGUUGUAACAAAAAACACCAGCCAGAAGCGACUUAUUGUUGUUUUGGAAGGUGCCCAAUUGGAAGUGGUUAAGGUCAACGACAAGUUUGAGCUGCUGAAUUGCGAUGACCAUGUGGAUAUUUUGCGACAAAACCAAAGGGAUCCAGCCACAGUUCGUCCGGAUAUCACCCUCCAGACCCUGACGAUGCUCUACGACUCUCCCUUGCAUAGAGCUGGUUACCUACAGGUUUUUGUACACACGGAGAAGGAUGUCCUCAUCGAGGUCAAUCAAGAAACCCUUAUACCCAGAACCUUCAAGGGCUUUGCUCCAUUAAUAGUGAAAUUGCUGAAUGAGGGCGAGGUUCGAUCCAAGGAGGACCCCUCCUUGAAACUGUUGAGUGUGAUCAAGAAUCCCAUCUCCGAUCACCUUCCUGUGGGAUGCAAACGGUACGCCUUGAGCGCCGCUGGUAAACCACUACGUAAUCUAAGAGAUCUAGUGCCAAAGGAAGAGGAACCAGUGGUUAUCGUCAUGGGAACCUAUGCCUUUGGAAACCUGACAACUGACUUGACAGAGGAGUUCUUCUCCGUGAGCAGCUAUCCUCUGGCGGCGAAUGACGUGUGCUCCAGACUCGCCACCGCCUUCGCGGAUGCCUGGGGUGUGUUCUAG